AUAAUAUAUUGGGAUUUAUAAAAUCGUCUCUUGGGAUUGGGUGUCUGCUCUUUCUCUCUCUCUCUCUCUCCCUCUAUCUCUUUUUGUCUUGGACUGUUGUUCGAAGUUCUUCUUCUUCUUCUUAUUCUUCUUCUUCUUUUUAUCUCUGUUGUGUUCCCUGAUGCAGCCACAUCCACAACCUCUCUUCUCUCUUUUGUAGGCUUUUUUUUUAAAAAAAGUUUCAUCAUCUCAGACAAAAAUAUUCAAUCGGAUGUAACAACAGCAUUUUUCUUUCAUUACAAAACCACAAAUCCAUGGCUGUGUAUUAUCCAAACAGUGUCGGCAUGCAAUCUCUGUAUCAAGAAUCCAUUUACCUCAACGAACAACAACAACAACAACAAGCUUCUUCUUCCUCUGCUGCAUCUUUCUCCGAGAUUGUCUCCGGCGGUGUUCGAAACAACAACGAGAUGGUUUUUAUCCCACCAACAAGCGACGUUGCAGUCAACGGGAACGUAACGGUGUCGAGUAACGAUCUAAGCUUUCACGGUGGUGGUCUUUCUUUAAGCCUUGGUAAUCAGAUCCAGUCAGCUGUCUCUGUCUCUCCCUUUCAAUACCAUUACCAGAAUCUUUCCAACCAAUUGAAUUACAGUAAUCCUAAUGCUUCUACUAUGUCCGAUGAGAAUGGGAAGAGCUUGAGUGGUCAUCAUCAUCAUCAACAACAACAUCACUCUGACCAAAUGAUACCUUCCUCUGGUUACAACAACAAUGGUGUUGGAUUCUUCAACAACUACCGAUACGAGACAUCAGGGUUUGUGAGUAGUGUUCUGAGAUCUCGUUACCUUAAACCCACUCAGCAAUUGCUUGAUGAAGUUGUUAGUGUUAGGAAAGAACUGAAAUUGGGGAACAAGAAGAUGAAGAACGAUAAAGGUCAAGACUUUCAAAAUGGGUCGAGUGAUAACAUUACAGAAGAUGAGAAAUCCCAAUCGCAGGAGUUAUCUCCAUCAGAACGUCAGGAGUUACAGAACAAGAAGAGCAAGCUCCUAACAAUGGUGGACGAGGUAGAUAAAAGGUAUAACCAAUACCACCAUCAAAUGGAAGCUUUAGCUUCGUCUUUCGAGAUGGUAACAGGUCUUGGAGCAGCUAAGCCUUACACAUCAGUGGCUCUGAAUAGAAUCUCUCGCCAUUUCCGCUGCUUGCGGGACGCGAUAAAAGAGCAGAUUCAGGUAAUCAGAGGGAAGCUUGGUGAGAGAGAGACUUCUGAAGAACAAGGAGAGAGGAUACCGCGUCUUAGGUAUUUAGAUCAAAGGUUGAGACAACAGAGAGCUUUGCAUCAACAGCUUGGAAUGGUUAGACCAGCUUGGAGACCACAAAGAGGCUUACCUGAAAACUCUGUCUCUAUACUCCGCGCUUGGCUCUUUGAGCAUUUCCUUCACCCAUAUCCAAAGGAAUCAGAGAAAAUCAUGCUUUCAAAGCAGACAGGACUAUCGAAAAACCAGGUUGCAAACUGGUUUAUUAACGCGAGAGUUCGACUAUGGAAACCGAUGAUCGAAGAGAUGUAUAAAGAAGAGUUUGGAGAUUCAGAGUUACUCUCUAACUCUAAUCAAGACAACAACAAAAUGCUAGAAACUUCUCAGCUCAAACACGAAGAGUCUUCUUUGCAGCAACAGAAUCAGGGAAACAACAACAACAACAUGGCAUAUAGAUCUGAUGCAGAAGAGAAUCUCGUGUUUGCAGAUCCGAAACCAGACCGUGUUGCUACUGGAGAGUACGACAGCUUGAUGAACUAUCAUGGGUUUGGUAUCGAUGAUUACAAUCGCUACGUUGGCCUUGGAAACCAGCAAGAUGGCAGAUUCUCUAAUCCCCAUCAAUUACACGACUUUGUUGUCUGAAAGGCUUUCACGCACUUAAGAGCUGGCAAUGCCGGUUGAUUGGGGAAUAUGAUUCUUGAAGCGCAAGAAAAAUGCGCUCUUCGCAUUCUUAUAGAUAGGGGGUUAUAUAAAUAUAUACCAUAUUUGUAUAUCUGUAAUAUUUGUUUGUGGCAUAUAAAAAGGAUAGAUUUUGUGAAAACUGUAGGUCUUAGUCUUUACAUUUGUAUAUGAAACUGAGCCUUAUGUACACUUUGGUAAGCCAAUAUUGUAACGUUUUGUGUAUACUCUUCAUGGUGGUAUAAACAAUACUUUCAAGUGUGAGCAAA